AUUAAGAGAAAAAUAUUAAAAAGGCAAAAUAAAAGUAUAUAACCAAUUCACCCCCCCUCUUGGUUUGUUACCACGCUAAUAAUUUCGCUGCAGCGAUUCUAACAAUUGGUAUCAGAGCUUGCUUUGAUAGUCAUUCAAAUGGCAGGAUCACAUCAAACCUUUGCAGAGGGUGCAUCAAUCAAUAGACCCCCACUAUUCACAGGUGAGAACUAUGCAUUCUGGAAGGUAAGAAUGCAAAUAUUUAUUGAAUCUAUUGAUUGUGAAAUUUGGGAUGUUAUUGCAUCUGGUUCUUCUGUUCCUACUAACAAUAUACAGGAACCAAAGCCCCGUGGUCAAUGGACCAUUGAAGAAAAGAAAAGAUUUCAGAAUGACGUUAAAGCUCGGAAUAUUAUUGCAUCAGCAUUGACUGUUGAUGAGUUCUACAGGGUUUCUGUCUGCAAAACUGCUCAAGAAAUGUGGGACGUGCUCAGAGUAACACAUGAAGGAACAUAUGACGUAAAGAGGGCAAGAAAGAAUUCCCUAAUUCAAGAAUAUGAAAUGUUCCGGAUGAAGCAAGGAGAAACAAUUUCUGACGUUCAAAAACGCUUCACCAACAUUGUCAAUCAUCUCAUUGGACUAGGUAAGUCAUUUGAUACUGAUGAACUAAACAUUAAAAUCUUAAAGUCUUUAGACAGGUCGUGGCAACCUAAGGUGACGUAUUACAAAAAUCAAGAAAAGUCAUGUGGUGUCUCGAUAGUGGUUGCUCAAAACACAUGA